AUGGCCAUGCCAGAAUCUAACCCCGGCUUUCGCGACUCAAACUUGCCUAUCACACGGAAACCUCAUUCUGUCAGCGAUAGCUCAAGGGCUCGUGGUCGUACCAUUUUUAGACCACGACGAUCUGUACGUGUAAGGUACCAGAGCACAAACCAGCAACACCAUGGCCAUAGAUCGAGUUCAUCACCACCCGAUGCAACUUCAUAUAUAAUAAGCCCAACUAAACAGCCUAUUCACGUUCAAGGAGCGAACGACGGCGCCGCGGAAACGAACUACAAUGGUGAAGCAGACUGGAUGGAUGAUUUUGAGCCUGGUUCCGCCGCCUCUGGACCAGGAAAGCAGCACAGGAGGUUGCCUACUCGCGACAGACGGCCAAGACGUGAUGUAUCUUCGAGAUCCCAGUAUCUCUCCAAAGACGACUCGCUACCUUCGAAGGAAGCUCGUAGAGAUGUCAGUCCCUUGCAUAUAUCCGAGCUCGGUAUCUCAACACCCCUGAGAAAAGUGUCUCGUUCGACUCUCACAGGCCACCUAUCCGAGAUGGAGGCAGACGCAUGUCCUGCACCGUUGCACAGUCAUGCUGCGGAUGUCUUCAGCAAUAGUUAUGUUGCUCAAGGUCGCCAGAAUGUAAACGACGAACUCGUGGAGGCCAUUUCGAGAAAUAUAGCCCAGCAACUACAGAUGCUAUUAAUCAACAACACAAGCGUUCAUGGACGAAGUGGCACUCAACGGCCACGUUCCCGGACCUCGGAUAGCCUCGAAAAGGAGUCGAGAACCCCAAGCCAAAGGGAAGCUCUGAAUAGAUUCACUCAAGAGCUGCAGAGAUAUGCUGAGCAGGCAGGUGCAAAAGGCAAGCUGCCGAUACCUACUCCGACCCCACCGCGUUCUUGCACAAGCCUUCAUACGAUAGCAGCUCUUCUGCCGUUUCGUUCUGAGUUUAAGUCUGCCGGUCUUGCGAUCACUUCAAAAGAUCAAAAGAAACGUUCCUCCCGCCGGUCUCCUGUUGGUAAACAUAAAGCGAUAAUGAACCAAGCACCACCGUCUCGUGUCGAACAACAGCAUAUCCUCCAAAUGGAUGGCAACGCAGGGUGCCCCAGUUCAAGCACAGAAAUCCCUUUCCCGGUUUCAAAAGACAUGGAUGAGUUCAGAUAUGCAAUGGUGGACCAGCUAAGGCCCCAUAAGUACCGAAGAAAGAAGGUAAAAGCUGAGCAGAAAGUGCCACGGACUUGCUGCACUUCUUGUCAACUGGGAGAUCUGUGUCAAUGUAGUAGUGAUUAG